AUGUCUGACGAGCAGAACUCUGGUGCCGCCUGGCCCGUCGCCGACACGGCCCUCACCCAAGAGAUCCUCGACAUCGUCCAGCAGGCCAGCCACCACCGCCAGCUGAAGAAGGGCGCCAACGAGUCGACCAAGACGCUCAACCGCGGAAUCUCCGAGAUCAUCAUCCUCGCCGCCGACACCGCCCCUCUGGCCAUCCUCCUCCACCUUCCCCUCCUCUGCGAGGACAAGAACGUGCCAUACGUCUACGUCCCCUCCAAGACCGCGCUCGGCCGCGCCUGCGGUGUGUCCCGCGCCGUCAUCGCGACCAGCAUCACCACCAACGAGGCGUCUGAUCUCAUGAACCAGAUCCGCGCUCUCAAGGACAAGGUCGAGAGAUUGAUGAUCUAG